UUGAGUGAACCGGCCCUGGUAUUUGUUGCCCAAUCCUGUGCUGGUCUAUACCACACUCACGUUGUACCUCACCCCGAGAUUGGGGGAAAUUUAAGAACAGGAGAUUCGAAGACUUCAACAUACACAAUGUGGGUGGUCUAUAGACUUCAAUUCUAAUGAUGUGGCACGACAUGGAUAACCUUAAUCAACGAAUUACGAGAGUAUUUUCAUAAAACUAUCUGUGAUAUCGAAUAUACCCUGUAACUCUGGUUUGUCUUGAAGUGACAUUCAGGCCGUAUGUAGUAUGUACUCCACUGUCAGCAAUAGAGAAUACCUAUUUCUGUAUUUUUGAGGAAUAUUUCAUUGAAGAAAAUCGUCGUGGUAUUAUGUAUGAUUAAAUAAGCGACUGGAAAAUUUUGGCGUGAAAGUUGAAAGAUCAAAAUAAAACCAGAUUCUAUUCAGAAAAAAAAUGCUAGUAAUAAGUAUAUGUCAGUUUUAAAUGUUUUCUAAAAAUUGAAAGAAGAAAUAUCUACUGCGUCAAUUUAAUAAAGCGAAUUUUAAUCUUGUUUUGAUAUUCAAGAGAUGUGUGGUAUAUUUGUUUGUGGCAAAAGAGAAUCGGAUGUGCCAGGAGAGGUGAUACAGGAUGAAUUGCUGCCUCUCGUGCACAAUAGAGGCCCAGACGGAUUUUCAGACUGCACUGUUAGGUUCUUGAGCUGGCAAAUUAAUUUUUGGGGGAGUGUUUUAUGGAUGCAGGGACAAAUGCCAGAGCUGCAACCUGUGAAAGAUGAAAAGGGCAAUGUUUUAUUGUGGAAUGGUGAUAUAUUUGAUGGGCCAUGGGUUCCAGUUGAUGGCAGAAGUGAUACACGUGUUGUUCUUGAAAGAAUAUUUGGAAGUAAUUGUAUGCCAGAAAAUAUUUUACUGUCAAUAUCUUCAAUUAAGGGACCUUAUUCAUUUGUAUACUGGUGUGAAAGUACCCAAAUGUUAUGGUUUGGAAGAGACCAUAUUGGAAGGCACAGUCUUCUAUGCUAUUUUGAAGACAAUCAUUCUUUUAUACUGACAUCUGUUGGGAAAAGAAAUUUACCUUUUAUAGAAGUCCCAGUUGUUGGUAUCUUUGUAAUUGACUUCUCAAAAGAGUUUUUCAAUCUUACUGUGUAUCCUUGGUCAGAUACAUCAGAAAUGGAAUUGCAUACUUUACAGAACUGGCCUAUCCCUAUAAGGGUAUCAGAAUUAAUCGUGAAAUCUCCUAUUCAAGCAAAGUGUCCAGAACCGUAUAGUCCGUCUGCAGAAUAUUCCCAAAUUAUUACUGAGGCUGUUGUUACAAGGUGUAUCUUUGAUGCACUUUUGUCUCAGACUGUAAUAUCAGAUAAAGUGGAACAAUUGCUUCAUUGUCUCAGGAAAGCAGUAAUGAUAAGAACCAAGACUCAUCCUGGGAAAUGCAGAAACUGUCUGAAAGAUAACAUGGUUUUGCAAAGUAAUGUAGGUGAAUGUUCUCAUCCUAAAAUCGGGAUAUUAUUUUCAGGUGGUUUAGAUUCCACUGUAAUAGCUGCAUUAGCACAUGAGAGUAUACCACCUCAUGAUACAAUCGAUUUGUUUAAUGUUGCUUUUGAAAAUCAAAGCAAAAGCCUGCAGAACAGUCCCCAUUUCCAUACUCCAGAUAGAACUACAGGAUUUCAGUCUUCGAAAGAACUGCAAUCUAUUUUUCCACAAAGACGGUGGAAUUUCAUUCAGAUUAAUGUUUCCCGAGAAGAAGUAAAUAAUUUUCGAAAAACAAGGAUAGGAGAUCUAAUUCAUCCAUUAGUGUCCAUCUUGGAUGACAGUUUAGGAUGUGCUUUAUGGUUCGCUUGUCAGUUACAUGGAAUACUGGGGGACUCGGAAUAUUCUUCUCCAGCCCGUAUUUUGCUCCUGGGAAUGGGAGCUGAUGAACAGUUUGGAGGCUACAUGAGACAUAGGACAACUCUGCGACACAGAGGAUGGUCAGCCCUUGCAGAAGAAGUAGAUGUAGAAUUACAACGUAUUGCAACUCGUAAUCUGGGCAGAGAUGAUCGUAUUGUGGGUGAUCAUGGAUGUCAAGCUAGAUUUCCAUUUCUUGAUGAAGAUGUGAUCAACUUUGUUGGCACUCUUCCAAUAUGGAAAAGGUGUUACCCAUCUUAUGAAUUACCUCCAGGUUUUGGUGACAAAUUAAUAUUAAGGUUAGCUGCAUGGAAACUUGGUCUGAAGAACGCAGCUGUAAUUCCAAAAAGAGCCUUUCAGUUUGGUUCAAGAAUAGCAAAUAGUAAAGAAAAAGCAACUGAUGUAUCUUCAAGAUUGAUGUUGUAACUUAUACCCUAUGUGAUAUGAUAUUUAAACUGAAUCACUUUUGUGUUAAAUGCACUGUACUGAAAGAGGUUGUAAUAAAAUAUUUUGUUUUUAUAUAUUCCAUUUUGAAAAUUUGAUAUAUAUUAAUUUUUUUCUCUAAUUGUAAGUAACUGUAAUUCAUAAAUUUCAAUAUUUUUCGCAUCGGAAGCUAGUUUGGUGAAUUCAUGAGAGAUCAAAUUUGAAUAUUGGUUCUGUUGCUCGCAUUGACCCUGCCUGAAUGAUUGUUACUGCACAAUAGUAGCUUGAAAUGGG